AAUGCCAAUUGGUUGGAAAGCGACUAAAAUGUCCGCCAAUUAUGCGAAAACUCCGGGCUAGAGCGUGCAUCUACGCCACAGGCAAGGUGGGGGGCGUGUUCAUAGAAAUGGCACUAUGCUGUCAAACCAAAUUUGGAAUGCAACCUAUGAAAAAAAUUACACCUAAUCUACCUGCCUAGGAAGGAGCGUGAUUGAUGCCUUGAGUCUGGUGUUGGAGAGAUUAGUCAGAGAAGGGCUGCUGGAAAUGGAGCAUCGAUACAGAUGAGCUGCUACCUCAAACCUACAGUAUUCUCCGUCAACCCUUAGGGUGCCUUGCUGUGGGAAUACCUCACCAAGACCUGAACUGGACCAGACUCACCUGCAGCAUCCAAGCAUUGUGUGAGAAUCUCUCAUAAUCAACUGAAAGACUGGAACUUAAAUUGAAAGGGUACUGAUCACUAAAGCAACCAUAUCACCAUAUCACUAGCAACCAUAUCACCUAACUCCUCAAUAACACUCUUUAGAAGUAUUAUCCAAGAUGGCUCCCACCACCAUGGAGGCGGCUGACAUCGUUGUUGUGGUGCUGUACUUCAUCCUGGUCCUUGCCAUUGGCUUCUUCGCCAUGAUGAAAGCCAAUCGGAACACUGUGAGCGGUUACUUCCUGGCCGGCCGAUCAAUGAACUGGGCUAUGAUUGGUGCCUCUCUGUUCGUCAGCAACAUUGGCAGCGAGCAUUUCAUUGGCCUUGCAGGGUCCGGGGCGGCCAGCGGGUUUGGAGUCGCCGCAUGGGAGUUCAAUGCCCUCCUGCUCCUCCAGCUCCUGGGCUGGGUGUUCAUCCCGGUUUACAUCCACUCUGGGGUCUACACAAUGCCUGAGUACCUGGCCAAGCGCUUCGGUGGCCGACGGCUCAAGGUCUACUUCGCUGCUCUCUCUCUGCUGCUCUACAUCUUCACCAAGCUCUCUGUGGACCUGUACUCCGGAGCGCUCUUCAUCCAGGAGUCACUGGGCUGGAACCUCUAUCUGUCCAUCAUCCUCCUCAUUACCGUGACCGCGCUGCUGACCGUCACAGGGGGCCUGGUUGCGGUCAUCUACACCGACACCCUCCAGGCGUUCCUGAUGAUUGGCGGCGCGCUAUGCCUAACCGCCAUUAGCCUGGUAAAAGUGGGUGGCCUGGAAGGGGUGCGGACCAAGUACAUGGAAGCCAGACCAAACAUCACAGCAAUAUUAGCAUCCUCCAACUUCACCUACAUCCCCUCCUGCCACGUGGAGCCCAAGCCCGACUCCCUGCGCAUCCUAAGGGGCCCGCUGGACAAGGAUCUCCCCUGGCCGGGCUUCCUCUUUGGCCAGACCCCGGCCUCCAUCUGGUACUGGUGUGCCGACCAGGUCAUUGUCCAGCGGGUGCUAGCCGCACGGAGCAUCUCCCACGCUAAAGGCUCCACACUGAUGGCCGGCUUCCUCAAGAUCCUGCCCAUGUUCAUCAUCGUCAUUCCCGGGAUGAUCUCCCGCAUACUGUUUGCAGAUGAGCUGGCGUGUAUCAGCCCAGAACACUGCAUGGAGGUGUGUGGAUCCAGGGCUGGGUGUUCUAACAUCGCCUACCCCCGCCUGGUGAUGUCCGUCAUGCCAGUGGGUCUGCGUGGCCUGAUGAUGGCGGUGAUGAUCGCAGCGCUCAUGAGCGACCUGGACUCCAUUUUCAACUCCGCCAGCACCAUCUUCACCUUGGACAUUUACAAAAUGGCGCGGGAGCGGGCGUCGUCGAGGGAGCUGAUGGUGGUGGGACGUGUGUUCGUGGUGUUCAUGGUGGUUAUCAGCAUCGCCUGGGUUCCUGUCAUCAUCGAGAUGCAGGGAGGCCAGAUGUUCUACUACAUCCAGGAAGUGUCUGACUACCUGACCCCACCCAUCGCUGCCCUAUUCCUGCUGGGCGUCCUAUGGCGGCGCUGCAACGAGACUGGUGCGUUCUGGGGUGGCAUAGUGGGGUUCGCGUUGGGCGCCACGAGACUGGUGCUUGCGUUCGUCUACAGAGAGCCACACUGCGAUGAACCGGACGAGCGGCCAUCUUUUGUCAAGGACGUCCAUUUCAUGUACGUGGCAGCCGGGCUGUUCUGGAUCUCAGGCCUGGUGGCUGUGGUGGUUAGCCUCUGCACCCCUCCACCGAGCAUAGAGCAGGUCCGCACCACUACCUUCUGGGGGCUACACCAAAGAAACACAACCCUAAACAUAGAGAGAGAUGAGAUGAGCAAGCUGAACCCCCAAACUAAGACCCAUGUCAAUGGGAACGGCUGCAUGGACAAAGAGACGACCAAAGACCUCCAUAAUGGGGUGGAGGCUUUAUCCGAUAUGGAGGCUCCAUCUAAUCUCCAAAAUGGUGGCCACCCGACCUUUUCAAGCACCAGAAUGGCAGUAGACCAAGAAAAGCCUUGGGUGGUCUGCUGUGGAGGAGUAGGAGGGGAGAAGGGGAGGUGUGUGAGGGUUCUAGAGUGGUUCUGUGGGUUUAAGGAGGAACCGGCUAAGACCCGGCCCAGAUCAGCCGAGGAGGAAGAGAGGCUUUUGCAGGAGAUGCUCCAGGAGACCCCCAGAACCAGACUCAUCCUCAACAUGGGCCUGGUGCUGGUCUGCUCUGUGGGGGUGUUCCUCUUCAUCUACUUCUCUCUGUAGGAGGGGAUCUCAACCUGUGACAUACACAAUAUAGUUUAUAUGUAAUAUGUCUACAUGUGACAUCUAAAGAAGUGUUUCCUACGCCACCCCAAAAGUUCAAGCCCAGUGAAUCAGGUGUGCUUGAGCUGGGCUAGAACAAAAAUGUCCAACCUUGGUGGUCCUCCAACAUGGACUCAGGGGUAGACGUAACAUAGGAAACGCAAAUCUAGUAUGUAAUGUUACAAUUCGUAUGGUACAGUGCCUUAAAGUAUUCACACCGCUUGACUUUUUCAAAAUGUUGUUGUUACAAAGUGGGAUUAAAAGUGGGAUUAAAAUAGAUGUAAUUGUCAUUUUUUUUGUCAACGAUUUACAAGUGGAAAAAAAUUCACAACUAGUUAAAUGGAAGAUAAAACACUAAUAUAUUUUCAUUAGAUAAGUAUUCAACCCCCUGAGUCAAUACACGUUAGAAUUAAUUUUGGAAGCAAUUACAGCUUUCUGGGUAAGUCUCGAGGAUCUUUGCAAACCUGGAUUGUAUAAUAUUUGCCCAUUCUUUAAAAAAUUAUUAAAGCUCUGUCAAAUUGGUUGUUGACCAUUGCUAAACAGCCAUUUUAAAGUCGAUUUUAAGUCAACUGUAACUAGGGCACUCAAACAUUCAAUAUCAUCUUGGUAAGUAACUCCAGUGUAUAUUUGGUCUUGCGUUUUAGGCUAUUGUCCUGCUGAAAGGUGGAUUUGUCUCUGUGUCUGUUGGAAAGCAGACAACCAGGUUUUCCUUUAGGACUAUGCCUGUGCUUAGCUCUAUUCCCUUUCUUUUAAUCCCAAAUAAAACUCCCAAGUCCUUGCCGAUGACAAACACAUUCAUUAAUUUAGCAGACAAUUUUAUCACACCAUCGUGCUAUUAUACUUCUGAUACCAACGCAGGGUGAAGGAGGGGCCACAAAAUGUGAACCGCUAGCAAAAAUGGUAUAGAAAAGUAUUUUUUAUUUUGACAAUCCAAAUUACAGUAUUUUGAAAAUACAAAAUACAUUGGAUUGUAGUUCAGCCAAGUGUAAGUCAAAUGACAAAAUACUCUGAAUUCAAAUAAGUAUUUCAAAUACAUUAACAGAAACUGUCCAUCUUUGCCUGUGGUUUCAGGCUGCCAGCUACGCUACUCUCUACCUGACCUAGAUAUAGAAUACAUAGAAACCCCCUUAUCUAAAGGAACACUAUUAAAAAAGUCCCCCCUGUAAUGGAAUAGUACUGCCUGAAUUGGUACUACUUUCUGUGGUAGAGUCAAAAAAGGUGCAAAUGAAUGUUACAGUAUUAGCCCAAGCACGUUCCUGUUGUCAGACUAUUUGCAUAAUACAAGAAAAGGAGUUAGUUAGUGGUGGUAUUGCAGGAAAAUAAGUCCUGUGUGUAUUUAUCCCCCUCAGCCCACAGUGUCCUGGUGUGCCUGAGGUCAGAAAUAGCCCAGUGGGUAACCAGUGUCCUGAAAAGACCCAAGAUGGACACCAUGGUCUGGUCUGUAGGGAGCCACUGAUGUGUGUAACCAGGUGCUCCUGUGCUGGUUUAAACAGCAGUAUGGGAUUGGUGUGGGAGUGAGCACUACUUUGCUGCUGGCCUAGUCCUCACUGUCACUAAUAGCCCACCAUUCUCAAAUAGUUUAAUUCAUAUAAGGU